GGUGUUGUCCAUGAUGGAUGUCAGCUGAGCUAACAUCCACCUCUCCUCCACCUCCUCUGUGGAGUCCAGAGGACGGUCCGGGACAGAGCUGACUCUCCUGAUCAGUCUGUUGAGUCUGCUCCUGUCCCUGUCCAUGCUGCCCCCUCUCCAGCAGACCACAGCAUGAAGGAUGAGGCCACCACAGAGUCAGAGAAGGUCCUGAGGAGAGCCCUGCACACUCUGAAGGACCUCAGCCUGCUCAGCAGGUGGAGACGACUCUGGCCCUUCUUGUAGAGAGCAUGGGUGUUAUCAGUCCAGUCCAGUUUGUUGUUGAGGUGAACACCAGGAAUCUGUAGCUCUGCACCACCUCUAUGUCCGACCCCUGGAUGUUCACCGCUGUGAGGUGAGAUGUUCUCCUCCUGAACUUGAUGAUCAUCUUCGUCGUCUUGCUGGUGUUCAGCUGAAGCUGGUUGAGCUCACUCCAGCUGACACACACCUGUCUGAAGCAGGUUCAUCCAGGUGGUUAAUGUGUGUUAGAGCCCAUGGCAUGAUGGGAAACCUGCACGUGCUCCAUCAGCGUCAGGGUCCAGGUUCUAAACUGGUCUCUGCAGUCCAGACCUGACCCGCUUUGAAGAUGUGUGGAGCACGAAGAAGGUCAGACGGAGACGACGAGUGUGGAGCAGCUGAAGACGAUCACCUGUUCACCUGUGGAAGCUUCAGACAGGUGUGUGUCACUCUUUAAUAUCUUUGUGCUCAGCUCCAUUAAAGAGGAAAACGUUCAUGUUUUCUGUCAUCAGGUUGAAAUCUGUCUUUCUGCUGAAUGACGACUUCCUCUUCAGGUACAGUCAGCUGAUCGUCUCCGUGACGACAGUCAAGCACCUGAUGAAUCAGAGACACGUCCACACUGACUUCCUUAAAAUAAAAAACAGACAUGAAGGAAGUCGACAGAGAAGAAUGGAAAAACAGAGUGAAGUGUCACAUGAAUGACACACACACACACACACACACACACACACACGCCUUACCUUCGUCGUGUUGCUUCAGUCUAAUGAUGAACGUCCAGCUGGUCUGCAGCAUUUUGACCCUGCUGUUACCUGUUAUAGCACUCGGCUCCGGAGAUGACGGCUGGUCCAUGAACGUCCAAUCGGAGGUGCGAGCCAUCGAGGGCUACCCGGUGGUGCUGCCCUGCACCUUCAGCCACCCGCAGCACUCCCAGCAUUCCUUGCUGCAGGUGCUGUGGCGUCUGGGCCACGGUCAGGGCGCCACCGUCCUGUACCGCUGCACCAGUCGGCCAGGGGCCCCCACCUGCGAACCGGGACCUCAACAGGACCAGCGCUACCGACUGGAGGGAAACCCGAGAGAGCAUGACCUGUCACUGCGGAUCAACAGCGCCGCCCUGCAGGACAACGGACGCUACUACUGCAGAGUGGAGGUUCAGGGACGAGAACAUGUCAGCUUCGAGGACAAGAUGGGAACCAGACUGAGAGUGGAAGCUCCUCCAAAGGUCCUGGCUCUGUCCGUGGAGGGCAGUGAGCAGUCCGGCUACAGAGCCGUGUGUCAGGUCCAGGGUUCGCCACUUCCUGACGUCCAGUGGCUCGGGCCGGACGACCUGCUGGAGGGUUCUCCGGUCGGUCCUCUGGCUCAGGGCGCCGUGGGUCACUACCACACCGUCAGCCAGCUGAGAGAUGUGGAGCCGGGCCAGCAGUACACCUGCAGCGCCUCCAACCCGCUGGGGAAGGAGCAGUCCACCCUGUACGUCGUGGCCCCGCGACCCCGGCUGGCUGUGACCGGAGCCUCCACCCCUCUCCUGCUCCUCCUGUCUGUCUCUCUGGGGGCAAAGGUCCUGCUGCUGGUGGGGAUGGCGGUGUGGAUGGUGCAGGGAGCAGCUCUGCAAGGAGUCGGUUGUUGGUGGAAAUAAUGCCCCCCCCGUGGAGACAUUGUGUCAUAACACUUUUAUGAAACAACAGAAGCUGAGAGAGGCUGCAGUGUCUGAUGAAGAUCCAAUAAAACAACAUGAAUCUGUUUGACUGAACGUGAAAUCAAUGACA